AUGUCUAAGUUACUAGUAAAAAAAGAAAUAAGAAGACUAACUUUUUUAUCACGUUUUUUUUCUUCAACAAACCAUAACAACAACAUAUCAAUAAAUAUAAAAGAAGAAAAUAAAUAUUAUAAAGAGGAAAAAAAUUUAAAUAUUUUUGGAAUAAUUGCAUCUGCAUUGAUUGGUACUGGAACUUUUUUAUUAACAAAUGAAAAGAAAACUAUAUUUUCAUUUGAUGGAAAUAAACAAGAUUUUGACUAUAAUCCACCUAAAAGAGAUGAUUUACCAUCAUAUAAAAUUGAUGAAAUCAGGAAACAUAACAAGAAUGCUGAAAGAGUAUGGGUAACAUUUAAAAAUGGAGUAUAUGAUGUUACAGAGUUUGUUGAAAGUCACCCUGGUGGAGAUAAAAUUUUGUUAGCCGCCGGAAUGUCUAUUGAACCAUUUUGGAAUAUUUAUGCUCAACAUAAAUCGGCUUAUGUUCUUGAAAUUUUAGAAUCUCUUAGAAUUGGAAGUGUUGAUGAGAAUGAUUUAAAAAUUCUUAAUGAAAAAAGUAAAGAAGCAGCUAAAGAUGAUCCCUAUAGUAAUGAUCCUCCAAGGCAUCCUGCACUUAUUGUAAAUUCUAUGAAACCAUUUAAUGCUGAAACUCCACCAUCAUUAUUAAUUGACAAUUUUCUAACUCCAAAUGAAUUAUUUUUUGUUAGAAAUCAUAUGCCUGUUCCAGAGAUUGAUGAAAAAAAACAUACACUUUUGAUAGAAGGAAAAAAUACAAAAAAAUCAUUAUCAUUAAAGGUAGAAGAUUUAAAAAAAAAUUAUGAAGAAGUUUCAAUUACUUCUGUUGUACAGUGUGCUGGUAAUCGCCGGGCAGAUAUGCAUAAAUAUUCAAAAGUUCAGGGAUUAAUGUGGGAGGGAACUGCAAUUAGUAAUGCUAAAUGGAGUGGUGUAAGAUUACGUGAUUUAUUAUUAGAUGUUUUGAUUGAUCCAAAUGAUAAGACAAUUAAACAUGUUCAUUUUGAGGGUGCUGAUACUGAUCCAGCUGGUACACCUUAUGGUGCUUCAAUACCAUUUAAAAAAGCUAUGAGUGAAGAGUGUAUCAUUGCAUAUUCAAUGAAUGACAAACCAAUACCACCAGAUCAUGGUUAUCCAUUACGUGCCAUUGUUCCUGGUAAUGUUGGAGCAAGGCAAGUUAAAUGGUUAAAAAAAAUUAUCCUAUCUGAGGAGGAAUCAUCAUCUCACUGGCAACAAAAAGAUUAUAGAGCAUUUUCACCUAGUGUUAAAAUUGGUGAUCAACUAGAUUUUCAAUCAGUUCCUGCUAUUCAAGAAUAUCCAAUACAAUCAGCUAUCUGUGUCCCAGCUCCAAAUACAAAAAUAAGUAAAGAGGAUAAAGAAUUUGAUGUUUGUGGUUAUGCAUGGUCUGGUGGUGGUAAGGGUAUCAUUCGUGUAGAAGUAUCAAUUGAUGGUGGUAAAACAUGGCAAUCAGCUGUUUUAGAACAAGAUCCAGAACAAACAGUAGAUGAAAUGUAUGCAUGGACAUUAUGGAGGACAACAAUAACAAUUCCAGAUGAUUGUAAAGAUACCCUUACAAUAGUAUGUAAAGCAACAGAUAGACAAUACAAUACACAACCUGAGACUGCAAGUGGUAUAUGGAAUGUAAGGGGCCUUCUACAUAAUGCUUGGCAUAGGGUAGAAAUAAAUUUAACAGAGUAA